GAAACAGGCUCGAGGCUCUGAGCUGUCAGCACAGAGCCCGACGCGGGGCUCGAACUCACAGACCGUGAGAUCAUGACCUGAGCCGAAGUCAGACGCUCAACCGACCAAGCCACCCAGGCGCCCCUUAAACUCCUUUUAAUAUGGAGUAUGGGACCUGUCUACAUUCAUGAAUAUUUAUCAAAUGUAAUUUUUAUUUUGAAUAUUUAUUAUUAUUGUAAAUGAGACUAUUAGUUAAAUCCAUUCCUGUUUGAUUUUAAUGCUUUUAUGUAUCCCUAAAGGUCAAACUACUUCCCUUGUAAAAUAGGACUUUCUAGCCUUUUGUAUUGUAUAUUUAAAUAUUUUCUUUCAAACCUCCACAUGGUACUCAUUCUAUGAUUGUUAUUCUAACUUGUUUUAUGAAUUAUUCUGGUAAUGAGAAAUGCGCUUCCAUUCUUUCUGUAUUUCACCUAAACCCCUGGAGAUUUUUGACAAUAAUAUGGUCUUCAUUCCUAUAAGGCAGUUCAACAUGGAGGAAAGUAUAGGGUUUUCUGUUCUUUAGAAAUCAUUUUUGGAAUCCAAAAUAGUUAUUCUUAGACAUUACCUUACUGGCAGCCAUCAGUGGAAAGGAAAGGAAAGGGAAGGAGAGAGGGGUUCAUCAAUAUGGUGUUAGGAAUGACACUUUUGACCUGUUUCAAUGCUAGUUUCAUGACUGUCGGAAGCAAGUUAUGCUUACCUUCUGUAGUACCUGUCUUCUUCCUUUGGAAAGUGAUAAUGAUGGAUACCUACUCCAUAAAGACUUAAGGUUUUUAUAGAGAGGAAAUAUAUAAAGCACUUAGCAUAAUGCUUGGCACACAGAAUGUGCUCAACAGAUGUUAGUUUAUCUUCCAUUUUCAGCUUAAUUUUCCUUAUCUAAGUCUGAAAUAAUUUGUAAAUUAGUUCUAAGUCACUUUAAAGAAGAGUGCUGAUCCCAUAAGAAAUAUGCUUAAAAUAGAAAAGGUUUGCCUAUAGUAAGUCAAAGUAAAUAGAAAUGUUUUUAACCUCCCUCAAAUAAAGUAGCUUAAUUUGCUUGCUUCUCACUUGGGUGUGAGUAGCUCAGUCACAGUAUGACAGUUCUUUGACUCUUGAGUGUUUUUCAUAUUAGGAUAAUAAGUGGAGUAAACAAUCAUUCUACUUAUUUCUAAUGCCUACUUUUCAGAGUUCACAUUUGACCUUAAAUAUUUCCCCAAAUAGAUGUUAGCAUAGAGGUGUUAGUUCCAAUGCUCUGUUUAUACACUUAAAUACAUCGGAUUCAUCAAUUUAGUGUGGGUGUGGCAGGGAUUGGAGAGAUUAUUAAAUGACUUAACUUCUGUUAAUCAAAACAUACCUAUAUUUUAGGGAGUAAAAAUAGUAGCUAUAUCACUUGAGUUCACGAAGUCUUAGCUGAUUUUUAAUAAUUAAUACGUUUUUUUCUGCCAGUGAGCAUUAGAUUACUGCUGACUUUUUAGUGUCAUAGUACCUUGUGGUAGUUUCUCUACAGGGUUUAAAGGUGUAUCCCAGUGUUUUUUUGUUUUUUUUUUGUUUGUUUGUUUUUUGUUUUUGUUUUGUUUGUUUCUUACUGUCUGGUCCAUAGGAAUUAAUCUUUAUAAAUGCUAUAAGGAGACUAUCUCUAGAGAUUCAUACAUGCCAUUAAUAUGUUAUAAGGAUCGGUCAGUUCCAUUGUCUUCUUUUGUCAAUCUUGAUCAGAGCUUGCCGAGUAAGUCUAUAAGCCUGCAUGUGCCUGGCAACUGUUACCUAGUGACAGUUUCAGCUGCAGUAGCCAUUGGCUGUGCUGUUGAUUGGGGCAGGAGGACCGAGUCACCUUUCUGAUGGUGGUGAGUUCUUCUGCAUCAGCUCAGGAUGAGGAGGAGAGGAGCAGGGCUCCGGCUCAGGUGGAGGCAGUGAUACUGAGAGAUUGUGAAGAAUAUAGCGACAGCAUCCUGGUAACUGCAUCACAGUAAAUCGGACUUCUGAAUCAAGCAGCCCAGCCUAGCAGCUGAUAAGAGUGAAUGUAGGUGAGAAGCAUUGCCUUAUUCCCGUAAGAAGAGAACUAUUUUGUGAUAAGUGAAACUAGGAAUGUGCAAGGAGGAAUAUUCUGUGGCUGUUAUAAAAGAAGGACUUCCCUGAAUGACUUGGUGGUGCACGAGAAAAUAACUUUCAGAAGAAUGCUUUCUGUUAAGCUGCUGCUUUGUUCCUGAAGGAAACGUUUUUAUCUCUAAUGCAUGUUACUUCUUCAAGAGGUAUGACAACAAAGACUGACAAGAAACUCUCUGAAAUACCUGUACUUUUAAAAAGAUUUUUGAUAAAUGUUAACCUGAUAACAGAAUGACCUUGGAAGCCUCUUGGAUGGAUUCUAUCCUGCAAGCCUUUCAGUAUUUCAAACUCUAGGAUUUAAACUCAUCUUGAUGCUUUAGAGGUAUUUUAAAAUAAGACCAUCUUAUAACCUACCUAAUGACCCCUGUACUAAUCGAGCACUUGUUCAAAAUAGAAAACAGAAAUAGAAGAGGCAUUUUCAUAACAUAUGGCUGCUGUAUAACUGCAAGUAUAGCAAACAAGCUUACUUCCCUUUCUCCCCCUCCCAAAGUUGAGAUGUGUCACUGCUGCACUGAGACUGAUGAAGAGGCUUGAGUACUCUCUGGGAUGCUCGGCUGUGACAGAAGCACUGCCACUGUCUACCGAAGCUGAUCCCGAGACACUCAUGUGUAGAGUUUAACACAUGCUGGACAGGGCACCUGCUUGCUGGAGCCAAGGCUACAUGUUCUCUUAAUUCCAAGCCAUGAAUGAAUCCAGGUGGACUGAAUGGAGCAUCCUGAACAUGAGCAGUGGCAUUGUGAAUGUGUCUGAACGUCACUCCUGCCCACUUGGAUUUGGCUACUACAGUGCGGUGGAUGUGUGCAUCUUUGAGACCGUUGUUAUUGUCUUGCUGACAUUUCUAAUCAUUGCUGGGAAUUUAACGGUCAUCUUUGUCUUUCACUGUGCUCCACUCUUACACCAUUACACUACCAGCUAUUUUAUUCAGACAAUGGCAUAUGCUGAUCUUUUCGUUGGAGUUAGCUGCUUGGUUCCUACUCUCUCACUUCUUCACUACUCCACAGGUAUCCAUGAGUCAUUGACUUGCCAGGUUUUUGGAUAUAUCAUCUCGGUUCUAAAAAGCGUUUCUAUGGCAUGUCUUGCUUGCAUAAGCGUGGAUCGCUAUCUUGCAAUAACCAAGCCUCUUUCCUACAAUCAACUGGUCACUCCUUGUCGCCUGAGAAUUUGCAUUAUUUUAAUCUGGAUCUACUCUUGCCUCAUUUUCUUGCCUUCCUUUUUUGGCUGGGGGAAACCUGGGUACCAUGGUGACAUUUUUGAAUGGUGUGCCACCUCUUGGCUCACCAGUGCCUAUUUUACUGGCUUUAUUGUUUGUUUACUUUAUGCUCCUGCUGCCUUUGUGGUCUGCUUCACUUACUUCCACAUUUUCAAAAUUUGCCGUCAGCACACCAAAGAGAUAAAUGACCGGAGGGCCCGAUUUCCUAGCCAUGAGGUGGAUGCCUCUGGAGAGACCGGACACAGCCCCGACCGUCGCUACGCCAUGGUUUUGUUUCGGAUAACCAGUGUGUUUUACAUGCUGUGGCUCCCUUAUAUAAUUUACUUCCUUCUGGAAAGCUCCCGGGUCUUAGACAAUCCAACACUGUCCUUCCUAACAACCUGGCUUGCUAUAAGUAAUAGUUUUUGUAACUGUGUAAUAUACAGCCUUUCCAACAGUGUUUUCCGGCUAGGCCUCCGAAGACUGUCCAAGACGAUGUGCACAUCUUGUCUGUGUGUGAAGGAUCAGGAAGCACGAGACCCCAAACCUAGGAAACGGGCUAAUUCCUGCUCCAUUUGAAGAGAACUAUACAGUAAAUCCAGUGUAAUCUGACAGGGGUUUUGGAUUGUGUUCUUGAUUCUUCUAUAAUAUCUAAAUAAUUCUUCUGGAAGUUUGCCACUAGAGAAAUAUUUACUUGAAUAGUUGACUAUGAGAUGAAGGGACUAAAGAUUUCUUUUUUUUUUCCUUCUCUUUUUCCACAGUGGUGGGGGAGGGGGAGCUAGAGAAAAGAAUGUAUAGAGGGUAAUCUCAUGAGAUAACUUUAGUAUGUGAGUAUAAAUGUACAGUAAUAGCAAAAUUAAGCACUGAAGAUGAAAAAAUUAUUGAAAAAAGUAUCUCAGAGCUUCCACAGGACAUGAGCAAAGCCCCUCGGCAUCUCUGUCCUCUCUGACUGAGCUCUCUCCUCUGUCUUUGCCUCUCAUUCUGUCUGUCUGUCUCACUUUCUUUGUGUUUGUGGAAAUGACUUACAUAAAUUGCCCUUUAAAUGCUACAUAUAAUAUAUGUGGCAAAGUGCAAUUUUUUGCCUCAAAGUAUACUCUUAAAUGUACUAAUCUGCAACCCAUAAGUUGUCUCUCUAUGAAGGAUGCAUAGUAAGCAUUGUAUUUUAUUACCUGCCACAUAACCCUUUUGCUUGUGUUUUUAUAAUGUCCGCAGUGCAAAUUGUUUGCUAUAAACAAAAAGAAACAGUACUUUUGUUUCUUCUGGGUAAAAUUAUGUGUACCCACCCCCACCCCCUUUCUAACAGCCUGCUAUUUUUUUCCUCCAUUGUUCUUGAUCUGCAUCCUUUGGUACCUUAACCCAAAAGUGUCUUAGCUAAUGAAAGAAUCUACUAUACAAAGCAAUCAUAAUCUUAAAUAAUCUAUUCCUUCCAACAAAGGUUCUUUGAGAUGUUGUGUUAAAUAUUUUUAAUAGCUUUUGUAUACAUUUUUAUCUGGUUCCUUUCCAAUUAGCUCAUGUGCCCAAAGUAGUGUCUUUUUUUGCUAUAAUAAAGCUUUGUUUUUCUUUAAGGAAAUCCACAAAUAAUUCUAAUGGAGAUUUCAGAGUAUUCACCCAGAAGUAAGGUAUUGCUCUUCAAGCCACACAGCGUGUCCUCCCCGCAAUCCAGUAGAAAAUAUUAACCUUUUUGUGUUAGGUCUACGAAGCUUAGUGUUGCGUCCACCAAUCAUUUGUGUGAUAUGCAUUUGCAUAUACUAUAUUUUUUACAACAAAGAAAAUGUAAAUUAUAUUAUGUGAUCUGUGCCUAAUGUUUUCUUAGCACAAUACAUAGAUCAAUGUUGCUUAACUCAUCAACAUUGGAAAAAAUAUACAAAAACUUUAAAGAGAAAAAUACUUUUGUGCAGUUGUUAUUAGAUAUUUAUAUUAGAUCAAGCUGCAUUCUUAGUACUGCUGAGAAUACGAUAUACUUAAUUAUCAAAUACAGGUAAGAGCUGUCAGUAUUUCCUUUUGUAAUCUGUUUUCAUACGCAGAGAUUAAAUUAACUUAUUUUUUAGUGUGCUACGUGGAAUUGUAUAAUAAAUUGCCAGGGGUUUAGAUGUAGCAAAAUGGCAUUUGGGGGAAUCAGUAGUGAAGCAGGUGUGAGUGGUACAACAUCUAAAUCUUACUUUUUUACUAUAAGUUUCCUGCCUGACAGAUAUUUUAAAGUUUAUAUCAGACUACUGAGUAUUUUUCUUCUCAGCAUUUGAUUUAUUUGUUUUAUGAAAUGCAUUUAAUGAAAUGUGCCUAUGACUUCAAAUUGGAAGCCUAGUGUGUUUGCACACGAGUGGUUUGACUUCAGAGGUCCGUUAGUAGAAAUGUCAUCAUUUUAUUGAGGUUGUUUUGAACCCGUGUAUAUUUUUAAACAUGUAAGAAAGGUUUAAAAUAAAGAAUAAAAUAGUAUUCUACGUAUCAAAAUCAGACUUUGUUUCAGUUUCAUAAAAACACUCAGAAUCAAAAUUUAAUUGUUUCACAUUUCUGUGGUUUGGGUUGUUUAUAUUAUUUCUUUCCCUGUGUUUGCCAGUGGCAUUUUGGAUAUUCAAAAUGAACCUUUUAAGUUCAGACCAGUUAAAGGAAAAACAGAUUUCAAGAAAGCAUAAUACUACUAACUUUUCAGCUGUCACAAAUAGAAUGUUCAACAUUAUAUGUAUUAUUUGGGAAUCAGAUUUUGAUUCCUUUAGUUUGGUGUGUAAAUAAAUAUAGCUCGAAAGGACUCAGUAGAUAUUCUGUAGAGAAAACUUGAGGCUGCAUUUAUUGCAUUUUCCUCUUCUGGCUUUUCCUCAUGAUAAUUAGUAACAACAAUUAUGUGUCAAGUUUUAAACACUAUGUUAAGUUUUUUUUUUAAUUUUUAAAAAAUGUUUGUUUAUUUUGAGAGAGAGACAGACAGAGCAUGAGCAGGGGAGAGGCAGAGAGAGAGAGAGAGAGAGAAACACAGAAUCCAAAGCAGGCUCCAGGCUCUGAGCUGUCAACGCAGAGCCCAACAUGGGGCUUGAACUCACAAACCUUGAGAUCAUGACCAGAGCUGAAGUCAGACACUCAACUGACUGAGCCACCCAGGCACCCCAACACUGUGUUAAGUUUUAUAUAUAUUUUAACUUUUAAUCCUCACUACACCCCUUUCAGAGGGUUUCAUAGAUACUGUUCUUAUUCUCAUCCUAGAGACAGGAAACUAAAGAAGGGUGAUGGACGCAAGGUCACUCAUUUCCUCCCCACAGGUUCAUUCAUAUUUAGCUGGGUUAGAGCCAAAGCCUACAUACUUAACCACUCUGCUUUACUGCUUUUCUGGGUUUUUGUUUUGUUUUGUUUUUUGUUUUCUUUCCUCAAAAGCCUUCACACCUUUGUACCUCUGUCUGUACCUUUUCCUUACAAAUUUCUCUGAGUUUUAUUCUUUUUCUUCACCUAAACAUUUUGCCGUAGUCCCUUCCAUACCUUGUGAUAUCUUUUUCCUUGAUCUUACAAAUAUAUUUUAUUAAAACAGCAAUCUCAUAAGCCCAAACUUGCUAGUUUAGUCUGUAAUCAAACUGAAACCUUGGGGCAUAGCAUUUCCUUGGCAUUGCCUUUAUUCAUUUUUGUUAAGUUUUUGUUGAAUAGUUUCUUCAGAUCUCUGUGAAUUUCCUGUUGAAGAAAAUAUUUUCAGGCAGGUGAGUGGAGAAGGUUUACCACAUUCUGAACAUGUUCUAUGUACCAAGAGCCAUGCAGAGCACAUAGGCUACAUUAGCUUGUUUAGUCCUCAAAUCUAGCCCAACAGGAAGGUACAAGUCCCUGGGUUUUACUGAGGAGAAAACUGAGGACUUGGAACAUUCAGUGUCUUACCUAGGGAUAAACAGCCUCUGAAGGCCAGGAGUUCAGUCAAGGUUUCAUAUCCUGGAAAAGCAAGGGGAGCCUAUAAGGCAAGUUCUAGGUUUAGAUUUUUCAUUUAUUAUAAUGUUUCAUGUGCAACUCUCAGGCAAGCCUUGUAACUUCCUUUUGACAUAUUUUAAUGUGUGUUUAUAUAAUAAGAUGAUACUUAUUUUGAAACUACUCUGUCUUUUUAAAAUUAAUAUGUUUGAAGAAUGGAAAGCAUAACCAUUAUUCUCAUCAUUGUAUUGUAUUCUGUGGUAAUUAUUCAAUUUGGUUAUAAGUGACAGCGAAACAAUAAUGCCAGAGUCUGUUACUAAGUGUUCGAUUGUCUCUGGAGCCGUUUCUGAAGUUACGUAGUAUUGGAAGUCUUUAUAACCUACUAGGGUAUGAAAUCUGGACUGAAAUCCUGGCCUUCAGAGGCUGUUUAUCCCUAGUAGCACUGAAUGUUCCAAGUCCUCAGUUUUCUCCUCAGUAAAACCCAGGGACUUGUACCUUCCUGUUGGGCUAGAUUUGAGGACUAAACAAGCUAUUGUAGCCUUUGUGCUCUGCAUGGCUCUUGGCACAUAGAACACAUGCAGAAUGUGGUAGCUCCUGUUUCAUUAUCUUUGUGGCUGCCAUAUUCAUUGCUACCAUAAUUUCAAGAUCACUAAUUACAAUCUAAGAAGAUUACAUUUUACAACAGAAUUAAUCCAUUGAGUAUAAGAGUUUCCUAAAACGGCAUUUUUUUCAUAUCUGUUUAAACUCAGAUUUUGGCUUAAACUCAGAUGUUUUUAAAUAUAGAAAACUUCCAUAAUUUUUGAAAGCUCCUUUUCCAGGAAUGAUUAUUCAUGAAGACAUCAUUUGACAUUAAGUAUAACCAGCAAGCAGUUGUUGGGAUGAUUCUGAGAUUAAUUUACCUCCUUACAUUAUUUAUUGCAUUAAAUACGCUUAAACAUUUUUCUUUUUGUCAGGUUGGCAAUAGUAAGAAAGGAUUGUUCAGGAAUGUUUUGCCAUUUGUCUUUACAUUUUAAUUUUCUUCACUUACUAAAAUGGAAUUUAGGGUGUUUUGUUAUAUACAGGUUACCUGGAAGAAACAAAGAUUAGCCAACAGGUUUCAUUCUACAUAUGGCACUAAUUUAUGAGUUCAGAAAUAAAUGCAGUUGUUACCUUGAAGGACUGUCCUCUGUCUCUCUCCACUCUGGAAGCUAAUCAUUUGAUAUGGAAAAGAUACAAGCAUGUGAUAAAUAAAGGAGAUUAAGGUGUGGGGAAUUUGCUAAUAUAACAUGUUCAGGUAGAGCCAUCACAAUGCACAGAAGCUUAGGUUACUGAGCUGAUGUGAUACUCUGAUGUGUACGUUCCAACAAGCGCUCUUCUCCCCGAACAAAACUUUAUUUUUGGAUUAAGAAGAAUAUGUAGAAAGUGGCAUACUCUCCAACCAAAUGUAUGUAUAGACAUAGAAGAAAAUGAAGUGACUAGAAAAGAAAAAGAAAACAACCAGAUUCCCUUUUGAGUGUUUCUCGUAAAUGAGUUUUAUCCAGUGCUCGUUUUGCUCUGCAAUUUAAAAUAUUCAUAACUUUGUUUAAUAGUAUAAAUGGUUGUGUUUUAGAAUAUUAAUAGUGAUGGCAUUGGGUCUUCUUUAUUAAUGUUCUGUUUAAUUUGUUUUUAGAAAUGAGCAUUUACUUCCUUUGUACUCAGAAAAACAAAAUUGUUUUAUUAAAAAGGAUGCUGAAAAAAGCAAGAAUGCUGAGGGUGCCUAGGUGGCUCAUUGGGUUGUGUUUGACUCUUGAUUUCAGCUCAGGUCGUGAUCUCACAGUUUAUGAGAUCAAGUCCCACGUUGGGCUGUGCACUGACAGUGCAGAUUCUGUCUGGGAUUCUCUCCCCCCCCCUCCCCCUUUCUCUGUCUCUGUCAAUAAAUAAAUGAACUCAAAAAAAAGAGAGAAUGAUGACUAAGCAAUAUUUUGACAUUUCACAAAACAGUGCUUGUUGAUUCUACAAGUAACAUUAUCCAGUCAUGUCCCAGUACUGUCUUCUUUUAAAGGUAGUUCUAUAGAUUUCUGGGUUUUUUUAAAGUUUUUAUUUUAAUUCUAGCUAGUUAACAUAUAGUAUUAUAUGAGUUUCAGGUGUACAAUAUAGUGAUUCAACAAUUCUAUAUGUCACCCAGUGUUUAUCACCGGCAAACUCCUUAAUCCCUGUCACCUAUUUAACUCAACCCUCUCCCCACUCCCUCUGUAACCAUCAGUUUGUUCUCUAAUUAAGAGUCUGGUUCUUGAUUUGUCUCUCCCUGCCUCUCAUUUCCCCCCCUUUGCUUGUUUUGUCUCUUAAAUUCCACAUAUGAGUGAGAUCAUAUGGUAUUUGUCUUUUUCUGACUUACUUUGCUUAACAUUAUACUCUCUAGCUCCAUCCGUGUCAUUGCAAAUGACAAGAUCACAUUCUUUUUUAUGGUUGAAUAAUAUUCCAUUGUGUGUAUAUAUCACAUCUUCUUUAUCCAUUUGUCAAUCGAUGGAUACUUGGACUGCUUCCAUAUCUUGGCUAUUGUAAGUAAUGCAGCUAUAAACAUAGAGGUGCAUGUAUCCCUUUGAAUUAGUGUUUUUGUAUCCUUUGGGUAAAUAGGAUAGUUCUAUUUUUAACUUUUUGAGGAACUUCCAUACUGAUGUCCACAGUGGCUGCACCAGUUUACAUUCCCACCAACAGUAUGAGUGUUACUUUUUUUCCGCAUCCUCACCAACACCUUUUGUUUCUUAUGUUGUUGAUUUUAGCCAUUCUGACAGGUGUGGAGUGGUAUCACUAUAGUUUUGAUUUGCAUUUUCCUGAUGGUAAAUGACGAAAACAUCUUCUCAUGUGUCUGUUGUUCAUCUGGAUGUCUUUGGAGAAAUAUCUGGUCAUGUCAUCUGCCCAUUUUUAAUUGGAUUAUUUGUUUACUGGGUAUUUUAUCAGUUCUUUAUAUAUUUUGGAUACCCACCCUUUAUCAGAUAUGUCAUUUGCAAAUAUCUUCUUCCAUUCCAGGUUGUCUUUUAGUUUUUUUGAUUGUUACCUUGCUGUGUAGAAAUUUUUGUUUUGAUGUAGUAUAAAUACUUUAUUUUUGCUUUUAUUUCCAUUGCCUCAGGGACCUAUUUAGAAAAAGUUGCUAUGGCCAAUGUCAGAGAAAUUACUACCUGUGUUCUUUUGUAGGAUUUUUAUGGUUUCAGGUCUCACUUGUAGGCCUCUCAUCCAUUUUGAAUUUAUUUUUGUGUAUGGCAUAAUGAAGUCCAGUUUCAUUCUUUUUCAUGUUGCUGUCCAGUUUUCCCAACACGAUUUGUUGAAGAGACUGUCUUUUUCCCAUUGGAUAUUCUUUCCUGGUUUGUCAAAGAUUAAUUGACCACAUAAUUGUGGGUUCAUUUCUAGGUUUUCUAUUCUGUUCUGUUGAUUUAUGUGUCUAUUUUUGUGCCCAUACCAUACUGUUUUGUUUACCACAGCUUUGUAUGAAGUCUGGAAUUAUGAUGCCUCCAGCUUUGCUUUUCUUUCUCAAGAUUGCUUUGGCUAUUCAGGAUCUUUUGUGUUUCCAUACAAAAUUUAGAAUUUUUUUCUCGUUCUGUGAAAAAUGCUGUUGGUAUUUUGAUAGGGACCGCAUUAAAUGUAUAUAUUGCUUUGGGUGGUAUAGACAUUUGAACAAUAUUUGUGCUUCCAAUCCAUGAGCAUGGAAUAUGUCUUUCUACUUCUUUGUAGAUAGUCUAUAUAGUUUUUGAUUCCUAUAAUAUUUAUUUCAGGAAAAAUUUCAGAGAAAUUGCAACAUUAGAUAUUCUUGACUUAUUUUUGCUUCAACACAAUCAGUUUGAAGUGUUAUUUGCUGCAUCUGAAAGGGAUCUCAGUGACUAUAGGGUUUUUAAUGCACCAGUGAUGACACCUUUUAACAUUUUUCAGAUCUUUAAAUAAUCGGAAGAAUGAUCCUAUAUUAGGGAAAUAGGGUCCAACUGAUGUGUUAACUACAUCUCACAGAUACACAAGAGUCUACUUUUCCAAUUCCCCAUCUUCAAAGAUCAUAUAUAUAGCUUAAAUUUCUUUUUUUAUUUCUAGUAUACUUAACAUGCAGUGUUAUAUUAGUUCCAGGUGUACAAUGUGUGAUUCAGUAAUUCUAUACAUUACUUGGUGUUCAGUAUAAUUUUUUAAUGGUAAUUUCUAUUCUGUUUUUAUUUAUGAUUCCCCAUGAAGGGAAUCAGAGUAAUAUAAAAAAUCAGAGUAAUAUAUUCAUUAGGAGUCUGUUAUGUCUGAUAUAUUAACAUGAAAGGCGUAUGUGAUAUCAGCACUUUCACUAUAGUGAAUGGGACCAGAUGAAUCUUUGAGAUUUUUCAUUUCUAAAAUUUCUCGAUGAUAAAUAUCAAGAAACAUAGAGCAUAGUGGUAGAAUUUAUUGAGUGGAAAUAUUUUCUAGAAUUCUAAAACUUAUCAAAAUGCUACUUUAUGCAAGAGAAAUCACAUGCAUAUUUGGUUUUAGAAAUUAGACUGCAAUUAAUUUAUUUUGUUUUCUAUUUAGGCAAGUGUAAGUAAGGUUGUUGCCAGUUAAAAGUGCCCAAACAUACUUUCUUUAUAAAUUUAAAGUGGUGGUAUUAAUUGGGUUGGGAGGCCCAUAAACAAACACAAAAUUAUAUAGUCUGUUCUUUAGGAUUCAAAAUGUAUCUUUGAAUGCAGUGUAGACCAAUGCAAUGAAUGCAAGAGAUAACCCCUUGUCUGAGGUUACACUGGCACAAAUAGUUGUUAAAUGUAUAGACUGUAAAAUACAGCUUUAAAACAUUUACUCUACUAACGUUCCUAAGAGAGUUUCAGGUUUAAAAUAGUUAUUAUCAGAUCAUACAUUUUAGACUAAUAGCCUCUUCACAGUUAUUGUGUUUACUUUCUCAGGAAUUUUAUAGUUAAAAAUGCUAAAUUGGUAAAAUUGAUAUUGCAAAUGAUGUAUUUGGAGAAGAUUAAAAGAAUUUCUGAAAAAGCAGGUAAAAAAUCCUGAAAAUCUUUGUUUAAUGUUUUAAUAUGUUUAAAUAUAAUUUAAGUUAAAUUAUGUUUGGACUUUUGUUAUAUUUAUUAUUUUGGCAAGGAAAGGAAGAUUCAGGUUUUGAUUUUAAGAAUUGUUGGAAGUUACCAAUUUUAAAAUAGAACAUGGUUUCUUGUUUGUAAGAAAAUAAACUCUGUAUAAAGUAUACCUAGGUUUUUUUGAAAUGUUCUUGCCGUUAGAUAUUUAAAAUAUGAUUUGUAUUGAAAUUAAAAAUUACAGUGAUGUAGAUGUUCAAUUCUUUCUCUGUUCAAAUAGAUUUUGAGGAAAACGUAACAUCCCAAGGAUUAGUUUUCUCUCCUUGCUUCUGUUGUUCAAAGUCAGUUGUUUUUAAAUGUGUUACAUCACCAAGAUCUUAAAACUUUACUGGAUUUCUAGGUAUAUUUAUUUGGAAAUAGAUCUGGAAAAGUGCAUUUUGAAGACUCAUAUUUACAAUGUCAUGUUAUUAAACGUGUCUUGUGAUGGCUUCUGUUAUUUAAGUCAUCAAUUUCAUAUAUCAGCCCUCUUUGUAAAUGUGAUUUAACACUUACAAUUAAACAGACUUAAAAUUUAUUAGAAGACUAGAUUUGGAUUUACUUUUAUAGAUUCUGAAUCCAGGACAUCUGGUAGUAUCAUAGGGACAGACAGCGUGCGUGUGUAUGAGGGGGGUGUCUUAAUGCUUUUACCACAUUACAAACUUAGGGGGGAAAUGCUGGCAUUCUCAAUUUGCAGUCCUUGUAGGGUGUUUAAUUACUUUUCUAAUCGUUAAAGGUACACAUCUUUUUUUAGAAAACAUAUUAGGAUUUGAAGUAAUGUUCUUGAGCACAGUUACCAAUAUAUCCCAGUUUGGAAUGUUACUAUGGCAUAUAUUCAAAUGAUUCAGUGUACCAUGAGGAAAAUGGAGACAAGCAUGUACCUCUGUUAUGAGGGUUAAGAAAUUAUUAGAGAUCACUGCAAGUUAAAAUUUGAAAAAGGUUAAAAUGCUUUUUGAACAUGCAUAAUGCCCUUGACAUUCUAAAAGCUUUUGUGAGUAAGCACUAUCUCAUUUCACAUACAGAAAUCUGAGAUAAGAUUUUUAAGUGACCCUAGUAUCAUAUAGCUAGACAGAGCUAGUCCCGAGCAUAUGUCUUGUGUAGCAAUAGUUUUGCCCAUGAUAAGGCUCUUGAAUAAGUAUUUAUGGAUGGCUGGUGGUAGAAUGACCUUACCCUUCUUCCUUGAGUAGAAAAUGAAGGCCUACUUAGUUGAUACAGGAAAGAUUCCAUGUGAAAUUUUAACUUUUAACCUAUUAAGUAGGAAAGAUCACCUUAAAAUUAACUGGAUGUUACAAGGGAGCUUUUGAGAUCAUGGAAAAUUUUAAUAAGAUGUAUUUAGUACUACUCAUUGUUUUGAUAUUAAAACAAUUUCUAGUCCAUAGAGGAUAAUGAAAAUUUACCUCUCCUUUUAAAAACACAGUACGGGUACCUGGGUGGUUCAGUUGGUUAAGUGUCCAGCUCUUGGUUUCAGCUCAGGUCAUGAUCUCAUAGUUCUUGAGCUCCAUGCUGGCUGUGUGGAGCCUGCUUGGGAUUCACUCUCUUUGCCCCUCUCCUGCUUCUGUUCGUUAGUUCUCUCUCUCUCUCUCUCUCUCUCUCUCUUUCAAUAAAUAAAACCCCAAAACACAAUAGUUGUCUGCUAAAUAUAUUAGAAGAUAUAUAGACUGAAUUGGAUAGUUUUAGCUGUAUAUUUAAAAAUAUAAUGAUGGGGGCACCUGGGUGGCUUAGUUGGUUAAGCAUCCAACUUUGGCUCAGGUCAUGAUCUCUUGGUUCAUGGGUUUGAGCCUGACAAGGCUCUGAGCAGUCAUCACAAAGCCCAGAGCCUGCUUUGAAUUCUGUGUCUCCCUCUCUCUCUCUUCCCCUCCUCCUCCUCCUCCUCUUGUACUCUGUUUCAAAAAUAAAUAAACAUUAAAAAAAAUUAAAAAAUAGAAAAAUAUAAUGAUGAGGAACUAUCACACUGUCUUCAUAUAACUACUUUUGAAAAGUAAACAUGUCACAACCAUGUUCUGAAUGUUCUUUGUGAUGGAUUUGCAGUAUUUUUGAAGUCAUCAUAGGAUGGGUUUUUCUGAAGCAUUAUAACGGAAAAGGUUUUGACAUUUCUUGCUACAGUGCUUUAUAUAUGUUUUAUGUUUAAUAUAUGAAAUAAUAUUCAGGGAAUAAAAUAAGUCUGAAUCAGUGAUGUUUUAAAUGAAACCCUUCUAAUGUAUAAUUCAGUUUUAUUUUAGUGAAAUAAUAUGGUUACAGAAAAAUUAAAGGAACUCGAUUUAGACUAACACAGGAUUGUCUUGUAAAUGUCCUUAAAUGAAUCCUUUCCUUGGUUCCCAGUAUAGGCAGCAAUUGAAAUAAAUUCAACUAAGUUAUUUGGAAAGUUUAUUUUCUUACAAAUUUAAAAUUUCUGUGAUUGUUUAUAACUACUUAAUUUAUGGUACUAACUAAAAGGGCUUGCAAGAUGAGUCAUUGCAAAAUCUAAAUUAUUGAAAUCUUAAUUUGCAUUCCAUAUCAACAAAUUAGGACAAUAAAUAUUUAUUGAUUGUGGGUAUAAGUCGGGUAUAAAUUGUGGUUUGUAAUACUCCUGGUCGCUUUUAAAUCCAAAGUAUAACUUAUUGACUAGUGGGAAGCAAGCAAGGGGGCAGAUCAUCUGAUUUCCAGGAUUUGAGGGAGAGAUUGCAGAAAAGUCUUAGGAACAAUGCAAUAGAUUGAGGAAUUAGAGAGACUGAUGCAUUUAAAAAGAUGAAUUGACCUAAAUAUCUGGCCGCAUGUUUAGAUUCUGCAGUUACAGAGCAUACCUUGGGAUAUUUGAGAAGUUGUCAAAGAGAAAGGAAGGGGAAUGUUCGAUAUUCAAUACAAUACAAAACCAUGUGAGGAAAUUUCGGGACGCAGUAUAUUACAAAGAGAAUGUUCUUUUAUAUGCAUUAAAUCUGAUUAGAAUAAAGUAACUAGUUUAGGUGUAAAGUAUAAGCUUUGAGGUUAGGACAGAAAUGUUAACAGGGGUGGAUAUAGCUUGAGGGAAUAUAUAUGGGACACAUUCUGUAAACUCCAGCAUCAUCCUAGAUCACUGCUUCUUAGAUUCGUUUUCUUUACUAUUUGUCACCUGAUUAUAGGUGAAUCUCUAUGAUUAGAAUUUCUAUCUUUAUGACAGGUGGGUUUUAGCUUAUCUGCCUAUCAACCAAGCUAGGCAUAUGAUGUGGACCUUAUAUAUAAUUAUAAUCAAUUAAAUUAUAAUUAAUUUUUGAUCAAUAUAAUUAUUGUUCUUUAUUUGGUUGUUACUCUGUUGCUAGGGACUAUACUAAAUUCUGUGCAAGAUGAUGAGACUUAUAAGUAAAACAUAUUUUUAGUUCUCCAAGAACAUAUAGACUAUUAGGGGUCAUAUGGACAACAUAUAGAUACUUAUAAUAUAAGGCAGGGAUUGACAAAUUAAAGCCCACUGCCUACUAUUGUUAAUAAAGUUUUAUUGAAACUUAGCUGUGCCCAUUCAUUUAUGUGUUGCCUGUGACUGCUUUCAUACCACAAUGGCAGGGUUAAGUUAUUGUGACAGAGACCUUCUAUCUUACAGAAGUUAAAAUACUUACUGUCUGGCCCUUCCAGAAAAAAAUCUCCUGACCUCUGAUAUAAGACAUUAUAAAUGCUUUUUAUAUGGUACAUACAGUAAUAAAAUGUUGUGCUUUUAUAAUUGCAAA